AACGCGCGGUUUGUGUUCUGGGUAGUUUGUAUGGAGUGCGUAUUUGUUUUGAAAUGAUGUCCGACGCUGAUCACAAUUCUGUUUAUCAUCGCAAAAUAGCAUUGCUGCAAGAGAAACUGCGAAAAAGUGAAGAAGAAAGAUUGAAGUUGGAAGAAAAAUUCUCAGUUAUGAUGAAAGAGUGCAAGGAAGAAGAAGAAGAAAGACUGAGCCACUUAAAGUUGCAGUAUGAAAGCUUUCUAGAAGAAGACAGGAAAAGACGAGACAGAAAUGACAGGAUCAUGAGGUCACUAGACAGAAUAGAAAAUAGAGCUGCAACACUCAAUGCAAAAUCAAAAAGAUUAAAGCUGUUAAGGGAACAUUAUGAAGCUUACCUGAAGCGUGUAUAUCCAACAUGGAAGAAUAAGAGUCCAGGUAUCUCAUCUGCUAGAAAUAAUCACACAGGGCAUAGCCCAGUUUGUUUUGAUCAGCACAUUGAAUCGUCAUAUGCUGAAAGCUUUACAACUCCAUUCACAACCAAUCGUAGAAAUUCUGUUUCCUUCUCAGAUAAUCUAACAUCAUCUCCAAGAUUAAUGGAUAUUUCGUACUCACCAAGAAACUUUGACGAUACUAUGAGCCCUAAUGGUUUUCCUAGAUAUCAGAAACGCACCCUAGAUAGAGAGGUCACUGGAGGUAAAUCAAAGUUUCCAACAAAUGUGUAUGACAAUGCUGCAAUAAAAAAAGGAUUGGAAUAUGAUCAUGGUCCUGACAAUUAUAUCAGAGGAAUGAAAACAGAGUUUAACAAUACAGGCACAUUACAUGACAGCCCAAAUAUCAUAAAUGGAUACUUGGGAUUUACAGGCCAGUCAACUGUUUCAAACUCAGACAUUUACUUCAGUUCUGACACUCAGAAGUUCCCUUCCACAUUUGAGAACAGAAUGCAAAAUUUUAAUGAUAGCAAGACAGAAACUCAUGGUCCACGAGACAGACUUCAGUUCUUACAUGAAAAUAACAUUAUGGGCAAUAUGGAAAGAUCUGCAAGUGUAGUGAAUUCUGUGAAGGGGGAUUUAAGUCCUGUGUACAAAAAAGAAAGUAAGGAUCUGGCUGCUGGUAUGUCAGCAGACAUAGAAUGGGAGCAGAAUACCAGUCGUGAUCUUCUCAAUAUGUCUCUUACAGAUGAUGGAAAGGUUUCAAAUGGUCCACGGAAAGCAGAACAACUAAUGAAACAUCAGCAAAAUUUACAUGUACUUAAAAUGCAGAUGGAGGAUGUAAAAACACCAGUGACAGAAGAUAGUUAUGCUGAGAACCAUGAUCACACCAAAGAUUUUCUUGAGGAGAAUAUUCAAACUCAUGUUAAAGGAGAUUUGUCUUCAGAUUAUAACAAACAGGAAGAAAUUGGAACUGUUUCUCCACAUAAGACUUAUGUCCAAGAAAGCCACAAUGAAAAAGAUGAACUGGAUGGUAUAAACUCUGUAGAUAAUUCUACUGAUGAUAUUUCUAUUGAAAUUGGUAGAAAAAUCGAAAGAGCUCUGUCUUCCGAAAGAGAAACAGUAAAAUCAUCAAGUUCUCCAGAAAGACAGAGAAAUCUUGACAUAAUAAUGGAAGAAACCAACAAUACUGAAGAGACUCAUUCACAAACUAAGUCAAUGCCAGAAAAAACUAAUGACUUUUCUGUGAAUGACACUGAAUUGUUAAGUGGUGCCAUACUGACAGAAGAUGACGAGGUGCAGUAUAGUUUGAGUAAUGACACUGGACAUAAAGAGACCAAUGAGCGUCAGAUAAUUUUAGAAGAGAAAGCUGUGCACAGGACUGCUUUGCCUGUACAAGGUGAACAAGUAACAUCUGACUUCAAGUCCCAAAGUAGAGACCUUUCAAGGGGAGACAACCACACAAAUUUUGAAGGAAAUGGCAGUGAAGCAAAUCAGGGAACUUAUGAGAGUAAUAUCCAAAAUGUAAAUGAUAAUUUGAUGUAUCUUCAGCAGCCACAGAAUGUUUAUGAAACUGCUCCAGCUUAUACCGAGGACAUCAGGCAAACUGUGUAUGGUGAUUAUAAUAAUGGGAUAGUAAAUGCUCAGGAUGGUGAACAAUAUUUGCAAGAGGCUCCUAAUCCAGAAGUUCUUGCUGAAACAUAUGAUGUGCCAGCUGCAAACUUUGACUGUGGGCUUCAACCAAUACAAACUGGAGGUGGCGACAUGAAUGUAUCUGGAGUUAUAUUUGACAGUACCCAGGAUCAAAAUUAUAUUUAUGAUACUGUACAGAAUGUACAAGACAAUUAUAAUCCUGGUGGAGGAUUAAGUGAAAAUUUUUAUGUGGAGACCUAUGAGUCAUCAGAUCCUAAUUUUGGACAGCAGUUGCAGCCAAACAAUGUUAUUCCUGAUCAGAACUGGGAACCAUAUAAUGAGAUGGCAUUUCAAGGUGACAGUGGUCAAGAUCAGAACUUUGAAAUACAAGAAGAUGUGGACACCCAGAACUUGCAGCCUGGAGAAUUUAUAUAUAGUCAGGAAGUCCCUGGCAAUGACCCUCAGUUCUACACAAACAAUUUAGAGCAACAGGGAGCAUAUAAUCAACAACCAGGUGAGGACCAGUACUUCUAUGGUGAUGGUGUGCAGACUGGCAGUGUUCAAGAAGAUGUAAGUGGCAACCAGCUUGAUUACGUAACCAAUGAUGCUGUAUUAGAACAACAAACGUACCAACAACCUGAUGAUGAAGGGAAUGAAGGUUGUAGUCCACAGCCUGAUGAUGAGCCUAACUCUGUAAUGGACAAGGCUGAUGAUGGGGUUGCAAUUUCUUCCAGUCAGGUAUUUGACAAAAACCAACUUCCUGAUAUUCAUGUACAGCAAAAGUCAGAACAGUACACUGAAAACUUGCAUGCAGUGGCAAGUGAAUCAUGUGAGAGAUCUAGCAAUAAUUCUGAAAUGCAGAGAGAAAUGUUAGAAGAACAAAAUGCUUGCAAUAGUGAAUUUGUUCCCAAUACUGUGCGAGACUCAACAAAUUUAUCUGACAAUCUGGAAACAGAAAACACAAGAGUCAAGGGAGAAUUUUGUCAAGAUCCUAACGGUAUGGAAACAGUACUGGCACCUAGUGAAACUACUGACAAUAAGAAUGAUGGUGGGACAGGCAUUGAACAGUCUCCCAGUACAACAGAGAUUGCAGCGAAAAAGGCAAGUAACGAUGUGCAGGGUGAUGGGAGAUGCAUUGACUUACUUAACACUAUAUCAGAAGAAGUGAAAGAUGAAACAGCUCAUACAAAUGGCAGCAAUUCAUUUAAAGAUGCUCCAAGAAAUGAUCAGCACAAAGAUAUCAUAAGUGGACAUCAAGAGGUUGUGGAAAGGAAUAUUAUUACUAAAUCAGAUGAGAAAGUGUCAAACAGUGGGAACAAGAGAGAGGAGAUGAACACUUAUUCAAACAAAGAGCCAUCUGAUUUAGAAUCCGCAAAGUCAGUAAUAUCAGGGGAAGAGGAAUUUACAGAGUCAUCUGAUGGAGGGAAAUAUCAUGAACCAACUGUGGGUUAUGAACGUGGUAUCCCUGGCUACAAUAAUGCUGCUGACAGUAGCACAACUGAAGACUCAUCAGAACGCUGGACAACAAUGCCGAAGAAGACAAGGCAACAGAUGACUCUCAAGGUACAAAAUAAGAAGGCAGAAACUACGUUGCCACCCGACGAGGAUAGUUCUGAUGAGUCCGAACAAAUACAACCUGUGUUACAUGCACCACAUGUAAGAGUGACUUCUCACGCUGACACCUCAGAUGAUUCAGAGCAGCUAGAUAACAGGAUGGCAACUGAAACUCAGAAUAGGACACUUCGGGGUAACCAAAAAGAACCAUUAAAUACUGGAGAAAAUACUUCUAUGCAAGGAGAAGUUAAACUGGGCAGGUUACCUGCCAGAGCAUCAUCGAAGCUCCCUGUGAUCUCAACUGUGUUGGACUCUGAUAAUGAAUCAUUACACCUUGGCAGUGAAUCAAGCAUGACCUAAAAAUGUUGUCAAUAACACACAGUCUGCAGAAACCAAAAUACUUUAGUUGGUUUUAGUGACUAGGUCAAUUGUAUUACAGGGAGAGAGA